AUGAUAACUCAACGAUGGUAUAAGGAUAUUUAUCAAGAUGAAACAAAUCUACAAGAAAGUAUAAUAUUAAAUUAUGAAAGAGACACUCAUAAUAAUGAAUUUAUAAAUAAAAGUAUCUUACCAAUACGAUGUUUUUUUAUAAUUUUAACAACUGUUCCUAUGCUUAGAAAAGCUGUUCUUGAACAAGAAGAUGAUGAAAUAACAGCUUUUCUUCAAGAUUAUAUUAGAAAAAAAUUAAAUCAAAAUAUGUCUGCAGAAAUAUCUGCAAUUAAUAAAA